CGUCCAAGCCUCUUCUCUUCUGCCUCUAUCUUCUUCCUAUCCUCUCAACGUACACUUUCUCACUCGAAAAUCCUCCAUUUUCGUCUCGCUCCGACCUUCCAUGGACAUCGGUCUCUUUGCAAAAUCUCAAAGCUUAUCCCUAAUCUCCUUCCCCCCACCUUCGCCGUCGCCUUCAUCUUCACGAAUUCGAACCCUCCGCCGGGAAUUUCUCGGAUGUGGUCACAAUCUGAGGCCUCCGGGCCUUUUCUCCCUCAGGAGAUGCAGCAAAUUAGGGCUUCACUGUCGAUCUCAUCGUUUUCUUGUCAGAGCUUCGCUGGACGCGCAGUCGGUUGUCUUAGUCGUCAGCGUGGUUACUCUUUCUGUUCUCACCGUCGUCUUUUUGAAUUACUCACAAAGAAAGAAGAACAGUGGCAAAGAGGUAUUAGGUCAGCUAUCUCUUGCACUUUCUCAACAAGUCCAAGGUAUCCUGAACCGGUUAAUUAAGAAUCAGAGUUUGGCUGUUCUUGAUCUUGAAAGACUGAUAACCGCGCAUGAAAGGAAAGAUGCACCAAAGGAAGUGCUUGAAAGAAUAUAUGAAUCUGAAGAUGAAAUAGUGAAGCCGCAACUUAAGGAAACUGCUUUAAUGCCUGAAGGAACUCUCAUCAUUGACACAGUUGACAUUCCUAGUUAUGUUACUUCUAGCGUUACUGGGUCUCUGUCCUUGGGGGAAUCUGACGUUACUGACCCUUCUUUUCCACUUCCCAUGCCCUCUGAACCAGGUUUGUCGCAGCUUCUUCUGACAGAAAUCCCUAAAUUGCAAUUUGAAGGGUGUGCACAGGAAACUAAAUUGGUGUCUGAGUUGCCUGCCGUAUUGGUUCAAACCCAAUUGAAUGAUGCUAAUGAUUCUGUGAAUACUGCACACACAGGCAUUGAUGAGCAUAAAGGACCAAUUUGUGAACUCAAUGAAGUGGGUGAAAUCAUCAGCCACAGUGGUAUCUUCACUGAACCUCGUCGUGAAGGGCUUUAUGCAUUUUAUGAGGCAAAUCACUCUCAGGCAGAAUCUAUAUUAAACUUGAAUGGUCCAAAGACAUUAUCAUCUCAGACGUCUCAACAAAAUUAUUAUGGUUUCUCUUCUCUAAAGAGAAAAUCUGUGACAGGAGUGAACUUGUUGGCAAAGAGCUCGAUUCAUACUGAAGAAGACAGAUUUGUCUCUUCAGAGAGUACUGAAGGAAAAAUACCUAUUGCAUAUUUUAAGAAGGGCCCUUCCCACAAAAGUGCAGACUUAGCAAAAAGUAAGGGCAUCGCCAAAGAGAACGAAAGUAGAAUUCUGCCUCAGGAUGGACGCAAGUAUUCUCCACAGCCUGCUCACCCAAAUGGGAUCCAUGUCAACGGUCACAGAUAUACCUCACAGCCUUCUCACCCAAAUGGAAUGCAUGCUAAUGACAAACAUUAUCCUUCUAGGCAAAUCCCUGUUUACAAUAAUUUGCUAAAAGCUGGGAGGUUAAUUGACUGCUUAGAAUUGCUUGAAGGUACGGAAAGAAAAGGAUUGUUGGAUAUGGACAAGGUUUAUCAUGUGGGUUUUUUCAAAUCCUGUCAAAAGCAAAGGGCAGUUAAAGAAGCUUUUCGCUUCACCAAGCUGAUACCAAAUCCAACCCUGAGUACAUUUAAUAUGCUAAUGUCUGUCUGUGCAAGUUCUCAAGAUUCAGAGGGAGCUUUUGAGGUUAUGCAGCUUGUUCAGGAGGCUGGACUGAAAGCUGAUUGUAAACUUUACACUACUCUUAUAUCAACUUGUGCAAAGAGUGGGAAAGUUGAUGCAAUGUUCAAAGUUUUCCAUGAAAUGGUCAAUGCUGAAGUAGAACCAAAUGUUCAUACAUAUGGGGCACUUAUAGAUGGUUGUGCCAGAGCUGGGCAAGUUGCUAAAGCAUUUGGUGCUUAUGGCAUCAUGAGGUCUAAGAAUGUGAAGCCAGACCGAGUUAUUUUCAACGCUCUCAUCACAGCAUGUGGUCAAUCAGGAGCAGUUGAUCGUGCAUUUGAUGUGCUAGCAGAAAUGACCACUGAGACACAGCCUAUAGACCCAGAUCAUAUCACUGUUGGUGCUUUGAUGAAGGCAUGUGCAAAUGCUGGCCAGGUUGAUCGGGCUCGAGAAACAUACAAUAUGAUUCAUAAAUAUAACAUCAAGGGCACUCCAGAGGUUUACACGAUUGCUGUUAAUAGCUGCAGCCAGACCGCUGAUUGGGAAUUUGCCUGUAGUGUAUACAGUGACAUGACAAGAAAGGGUGUCAUCGCUGAUGAGACAUUUCUCAGUGCAAUGAUAGAUGUUGCGGGGCAUGCUGGGAAGGUGGAUGCUGCCUUUGGAAUCAUACAGGAAGCCAGGAAGCAUGGAAUGCAUCUUGGAACCAUAUCAUAUAGCUCUUUGAUGGGGGCCUGUAGCAAUGCCAAAAACUGGCAGAAGGCACUGGAGCUAUAUGAGAAUAUCAAGUCUCUUAAACUGAAACCAACAGUCUCGAUGAUGAAUGCCUUAAUUACUGCCUUGUGUGACGGGGAUCAAUUGCAAAAAGCUCUGGAAGUUUUAUCUGAAAUGAAGAGGGUUGGCCUGUGCCCAAACACCAUCACAUACUCCAUUCUAUUAGUGGCAAGUGAAAAGAAGGAUGAUCUUGAAGUUGGCCUCCUGCUCCUUUCUCAAGCCAAGAAGGAUGGUGUCACUCCUAGCCUUGCCAUGUCCAGGUGUCUAAUAGCCAUGAGCUUACGCAGAUUUGAGAAAGCUUGUGUGCUUGGUGAACCUGUCUUAUCUGUCAACUUAGGACAGCCACAAAUUGAUUAUAAAUGGACAUCACUGGCCUUAAUGGUCUAUAGGGAAACAAUUAUUGCUGGUGUUAUACCUACUAUAGAAGUAUUUUCACAAGUUUUGGGUUGCUUACAACUUCCACGUGAUGCUUCUCUGAGAAAUAGACUAAUUGAGAAUCUGGCAGUCAGUACCGAUUCUCCUAAAAGGUCAAACCUUUGCUCAUUGGUUGAUGGAUUUGCAGAAUAUGAUCCUCGGGCUUUCUCAUUAUUUGAGGAAGCUGCUUCUCUAGGAAUUGUACCAUGUGUAUCAUUCAAAAAGAGCCCAAUUGUCAUUGAUGCAAGGAAGUUGCAAAUUCAUACAGCUGAGGUAUACCUAUUGACGGUUUUAAAGGGUCUCAAGCAUCGGCUUGCUGCAGGUGCAAGAUUGCCUAAUAUAACCAUUUUACUGCCCAUGGAGAAGACUCAAAUUCAGUCUCCAAAGGGAGAAAAGUCAAUCAACAUUGCAGGAAGGAUUAGCCGGGCAGUUGCAGCAUUACUAAGGAGGCUGGGACUAACUUACCAAGGGAAUGAAUCGAAUGGGAAGGUCCGAAUCAAUGGUGUUGUGGUGAAAAGGUGGCUUCAGCCGAAACAUACGUCUCCUUUCAGUGGAAAACCAAUAGAAUUUAGUUCGUCCCUGUCACGGUUGGGAAAAGGAAUCACCCAUCAGCAGCGCAACAUUAGAACUGGCAAUCUGUCAUUGGAGUAAGGUGUAUAGAGAUAUAUAUGGUCAGCCACCAGCAGGGUGACAUUAGAACUGGCAAAGCAUCCUUGGAGUAAGGUGUACAAUGCCGCUUUGCGCAAUUAGGGAACAAAUUUCCUGAAGGAAUUAAAUCAUCAAUGAUCCAGCAUGAACAGGUCCUCCUGCCUUUCAUUGGCUUGAGUUUCUGGCUGUUUUUGCAUUCACUUGGAAAUUCAUCUAGAUCACUUCACCACUGUAAUGAGGUGAGGAGAAACAACUUGGGCCAAGUCACGAGAAACCAAGAGAGAUGAGUGUUUGUAGUAUUUUAGAGGUGUCCUGCCAUAGGAGUGCUGGUAAACAAGGUAAUGAAAAUGGGCAUACCACAUCCAUUUUAGAGUUGAUGACAUUUGUAUAGCAUAGCUAUUCACUCAUUAUAAUGGGCAUCGGUUUCCAUUGAUUA